AUGGAAUAUCAUCUAACCUCAACAGGCCGAGCAGAUACAGAAUCCGAAAGCGCCUUCCAAACCGCCCGCCGCGAAGCAUACGAGGAAAUCGGUCUCCCCGAUACCGCGACCCUCCCACCCCCCUUCCGCGUGGAGCACCUCUGCGAGCUGCCGGCCAAUCUUGCCAAAACGGAGCUGGUGGUGCGUCCCUGCGUCGCGCUGCUGCACGGUUAUGAUCCUGGCACCGGGCUGAGUGCGGAUCCGGAGUCGCUAAUUCCUACUUUGGAUGCGCGCGAGGUCGCGGCGGUGUUUACGGCGCCGCUGGGGGGCUUUUUGAAGAGUCGGCUGGGGAGGGAGGAGUGGUAUCGGGGAGCUUGGAGUUUGUGGCAUAGUGAGGACUGGAGGAGUAAGUUUAUUUUUUAUUUUGUUAAUUGUGUGAUUUUUGUUUUAUUUUUGUUUAUUCUUGGGUUUGUGAAGGAGUAUAGAGUGGAGAUGAACACAUGGAUUGUCACACCAUGGCGUCUUUGUUUCUCAUUUCCUUCUAUUUUCGAUUUCGAUUUCGAUUUCUAUUGGAAUCCCAGGCCUGACGACGCCACAGUGCACCAGUUCUUUGUUCGGCAAAAGACCGCGACAGCCACGGAAGUAUAUCGCAUCUUCGGCAUGACGGCUCGCAUCCUCGUCGAUGCAGCUCGGCUGGGAUAUGCGCAGGAACCGGACUUCGAGCAUAACAGCCACUUUGGGGAUGAGGAGAUGAUCGCCAAGCUGCGCCGCCUAGGGCGAUUGAGCGCCGUUCGUAAGCCCUCGGAUCAAUUGACCCGCCAGACGAUGGAGAAGGCAGCCAAACUUAGCUAG